AUGGGUAUGGGUGGCUCGUCAGCGCCGGGUCCGCUGACCUCCCACCCGAUCACGGGCCCGUCGCCAAACAUGUCAACGGCUUACAAAGCCCAGCGGCCCUCAGCGAAGCGCGCCAACUCGAUACAGCGCGCCAACUCCCGCUUCGUCGAGGGGUCCAUGAACGACCGUACCUCGGCCGCGCCGCCCAUUGAUUUCCUCGGCCCCGAAGACUCCACCGAGAUUGCGCGCCGCUUCCACAUGGACUUCUACGUCGAGGCCCCCGACGCCGGAGUCUUCUCGCCCGAGAGGCUUCAACGCCAGCAGUACCACCAGCCGCUGCAUCAGCACUCCCAGCCGCUCCUGCACCAACCGACCGUCACCUACGGCCACGUCAAGAGACCCUCGAGCUCCUCCGGCAGCCAGGGCAGCAAGAAGGGUUUCUGGGGCGGCCUGCGCGAGAAGCUGAGCUUCGUCAGGGACAAGGGGGCUAGGCGUCCUCUCAGCCUCGACAGCAAGCUUCUCGCCCAAGAAGGCGGCAGCGACAACGAAGUCGGUGUCGGUGCCGGUGCGCCGCCGGUCAUGGCUCCGGCUGGCGGCGGCGGCGGCGGCGUCGCGGGCAUGCCCAGCAGAGAGGAGAUCAUGGCCAGCUACCAGCAGCUGAUGAAGGACGGCUUCUUCGAUGCGCAUGCCAUCCGCUCCACCCGCCAGCCGCCCCCAUCCUCGCUCAACUCGUCAACCACCAUGUAUUCGAUCAAGCCGCCUGUGGAUAAAAAGUCGUUCGCCGAGCGCGUCUCGGGCCAAUGGCCUCCUCCGCUGACGGAAGAGGUCGACCCGCUGCCCGAGUCCCGCGACGGAAACAGGAAGCGCGGAUUCCCCCCGGGAGAGUACUCCCUUGCCGCCAAGAAGCUGCGCAAAUCGACCUCGCGCGUGUCCGUGGACCCGUCCACCCCUGACCUGCAGAAGCGACGGUCCCACGCGCAGCCUGCCUCGUCGGAUUCCAUGCCUCCCCCGCCGCCGCCCAACUACCUGCCACCUCCCCGGCCUCCUCGCGCCGUCGGCGGCGGCACCGUCUUUGUGCGCCGGUCGUUUAGCAACCCGACGGGAGCGAACAACAGGCCGGCCAAGCACGCGCAAUCGUCCUCCCUCGGCCCCGUCCUCAUGGAUACCGACCUCGAGGUCCCGAACCCGCUGUACGCGGCUAGCACCCGCAGCAGCAUCGACUCCGACGGCUCCCGCCGCCCCUUUGCCGAGACCGCCCGCGCGUGGACCUCGCGCACUGCUCGCAAGGCGGCCGAGCCGCUAGGUCUGAGGCCCAACUCGAACCACGGCACGGCUAUGCAGUGCGGACCCGAUCACUUUAAGAGCCGCGGGUUUGGCUGCGAGGGAGAGAACCACAUCGCCGUGCAAGAGCGCGAGUUGCCCAGCCGAUGGAGGGGCAUGCGUUUCACAUAG